AGGGGCAUCUUGCCGCGCACCCGUGCAGGUAGGUAGGUCAUCUGUGUUACCAAAGGCUGUUUGAUUUAUCGGGUGCAUGUUCGAUGCAUGCAGCAUGGUCAUUACUCAGUAAUACUCCGUAGGCACACCAUGACGAGCGCCACCAUAGUCAAUGGCGUUCUCCGCGAGACAUGACGGGACGGACGGCUGACGGUGCACCGUGCAGGGAGUUCGCCGCCUCCCUGCUUCGGCGGAGAUCUUCACUCCCCCAGCAUGGGUUGACCUGGUAAUUCAACAGCUUGGUUCGUCGACUCAAUUUAGACAAGGCAGGACAAGAGGUUGCGUUGCAUUUUCUAGAAACAUACGAGAAGGUCAUGUGUCGAAAGGAAGGCUGGGCUUGCUUCAGUGGCUUGUCUGCAAGUACGUACUUUGCAACCAAGAGGGAUUACUCUCUGGGCCUUCAAUGUGCAUUCGUUUUUGUCUGUUCCUUUGCGAGUCCCGAUUCCCAGCGGCGCCAGCGGUUGCGUGAUAUGGCUGAAGUGGCGCAGCUCAUCAUCGUGCACCAACUGACAACGGGAGGAUUUCUGGGGCUUGGAAAUCCGAGAUUAGUAUCGCCUGCACCGGGCCGCGCCGUGGGGGAAUUGAUGGGGUGCGAUGUAAACUAUGGAUACGGCCGUCAGAUGGAUAUUUUGUUCGUUGGUGAUAGUGAGCGCGUCGGAGAGUUGGAGAGUCGGAGAUGCCUAGGGGUAGGGAGGGGGGGCAGCGAACAACAAAGUGGUCGACACCCACAAGACGCUGAUGAAGCAAGCGAUGAUUUACCUUCCCAUGCACAACCCAUUUCUCGAUCUACCAAGUAGGACGAGAUCAUCUCGCGGAGAACAGGGGGUACAAUGGGUUCGGUGUCCUUCAGCGGACAGAGCACACGACAACUGAUGUGAU